AUGUAUUUCAGUCUCGCACGGUCUCACAUUGGAACCUCAACUGGGGUCAAUAGGGUUCCUUCGGUGUCCGCGGACGGGGAGUGGACCACACGGAGCGGUAUCAGAAAGCGGGACUUGGCGGAUUCCGCCAACCAUCUUCGACAGCGGAUCAACUUCCCUCCGCUGAAGGAUCUCCGUCGGUCUAAACUCGCCCCGAGUCUGCCAUAUAAAUACAUGAAACCGAAAGCGGCAUUCGUUGGGGCUUCCGGAGCUACACUGAGUCAUGUGCUAGCAUGGACAUUACUGGCGGGCCAUCGCGCCGCUGCCCUCGUCCGGGAUGGAUCCAAACUCAGAAAGGUCUUGUCAGAUCUUGGCGUAUCUAACGAGAUUGUCGAGUCACAACUCAUCGUCACAGAAGGUUCAUCCCGUGAUGUGAAGACGAUAGUUAGGCUUCUUCGCAGCGAUCCUGAACUCAUCUUCAGUGGUAUUACAAGUCUUCCCAAAUUCUCAAUUAAUCCAUUCCGCCCAAUUGGCAUGCAGGAUGCCACCAUCACGGGAGACUCUGCUAUUGCAAUAAUUAAUGCUCUCCGUGAGCUGAGGUCCACAGGCAGAAUCUCAAAUUCGCCCCUAUACAUACCGAUAUCGUCGACUGGUCACGGCUCGCAGCGAGAUCAGCCUCUUCUAUUGAUUCCACUGUACUUGUGGCUCCUGCCAAUCGCCCAGGAGGACACUGCCGUUUUGGAGAAGGUUGUACGUGAAGCAGCCAACGAAGCUGAUUCGCCUCUUGGUGGCUACGUUAUGCUACGAGCGCCGCUGUUGACUCAUGGUAAAAUGAAAGGGCGUGAAUCUGUCCGAGUAGGUUGGAUCUGGGAGGAUGAGGUCUUCAAGAACCAAUAUGAGGAGGAGCAGGGUAUCAAGAUUGGAUGGACUAUUAGUCGGCUGGACUUGGCAAAGUGGAUGUUUGAAGAGCUUGUUCAAGGAGAUGCUUACAAGUGGAAAGGGAAAUGCGUCUACCUUACAUACUAG